UGAACAUACUCUUUCUCCCGCCUUUUAUAUGUGCUGCGCUACUGUAUGACAUGCUUUUCCAGAUUAAUUCUAACUUUGUAUCUGAGUCUUUUAAGUCUGGCUUUCGCGAUUGUUACUGUGAAAGGUACGCUCAAGAAUUCGUCACAAAUGAAAGUUUACUGAGACAUGUCCCUUUUACCUUUGCAAAGUUCAACAACUUCGUGCAGUUUAGACAGGAGGUGGCAGAAACUAUGGACACGAAACAGUUGGUUCAAUUAGUAGAAGAGGAAGUUGAAAAGCUGCCUUUUGUACGAAGAGGAAACGAUCUUUUUGCGUUCUCUCAAAGUUGUGAUGUUAUAAAUUUGUGUCCAAAAGAGAAUUCUUCUAAUACUUCCAAGUUUCCUUUGCUUGUAAGCUUCAGAACAUUUUUGCUGAACUGUGUUCUUCCUUGGUUGAAAGACAUAACUGGUAUUCCACUUUAUGAAAAUAAAGUUGAUUUAACUUCUUCACUUUACAAACAUGGAGAUUAUCUUCUCUGCCAUGAUGAUAAACUGGACGGUCGUCGAGUGGCGUUUAUUUGGUAUCUGGUUCCGGAUAGUUGGGACAGUCAAAUAGAUGGAGGCGAACUACAGUUGUUUGAAAGUCAGACAAUCACCGAUGACGGUAAUGACGAAAAUUUUUUUCCAACUAAAAUUUCCACAACGAUACCUCCUAAACGCAAUAUGUUCAUGUUUUUUGAAGUAUCACCUCGAUCAUUUCACCAGGUUGCAGAAGUAUUUGGUCAUUCUAAGCGUUUAUCAUUACAUGGAUGGUUUCAUGGACCAAGUCUAUGGACUGUAGAUAAUAAUAUAAUGCCAUCCGUUGAGAAAAUUUCUCCUAUACACAUAGAGGAAGAACUAGUUUAUCAAUGGAUUAAUCCAGUCUAUUUUGAUACGGAACAACUACGCAAGAUUCGACGAAAAUUUUGUCGGUCAUCAGAGAUUCAGUUAACUAACUUUAUAAAAACGGAUAAGUGGAUAGAACUUGUUCAAUGUUUAAAAGGCAUAUCUACACAUAAUUGGUUACAUUGUGGCCCUCCCAACAGAAGGAAUUAUCAUUGCUUAUUCAACACAGAUUUAAACACUAUACCUGAUUUAUGUGAACAAAUUAUUCGUUUAUUUAAAUCAGAAGCUAUGUUGGUCAUAUUAAGUGAUAUCACUGGUAUUCAAUUACAUCCAUGUAGUAUAAUCAAUGGUAUUGACAAUACUACUGUCGUCAAUGAUAAUAAUAUUACUGAUCAAGAUGUAUCUCAGUCUAAGCGCAUGAGAACUGAAGAUACAGUUGAUGCCAUCUCCACAAGCGAUACUGAUCUAAACUGUCUACCAUAUUUAACUGAGCCUUGCCUACGUAAACUUCAACCAGGCAGCUAUACUCUGCUCUCAGAUGCUGAUAUGACUGAUCAAAGUUGGAGACUGGAAUGUCUACUACACAUCCAUGGGUAUGGUUUAAAAUACCAUAGUAAUAAUAAUAAUAAAACCCAACUUCAUGAUACAAAUUCUCAGUCAAAUUCAUCAUGGGGUGUACAGACAGUUUAUGUUGCUGAUGGUGAAGAAGAUGAGGUAUGUCAGUUUGAGUAUCAUGCGUAAAAAAAACUCGCACAAAUAAUCCAUGAAUGUAACUUACUGAACAUAAAUAAGUUUGUGUAUUGAAAUACAAGCCAUACCUAUUGUAUGAAGACUUAAAACUCAAUGGUUCGAAAAUUGAGCGCUUAGAAUCAUAAACCACAACCUUGUAUAAGCUUCUUUAUUUUUCAAAAUAUGUAUCAAGUCUUUAUUAUAAUUCUGUUGAGUGAUAUUUUAAUGUCUUAGAUCAGAUAAGAAAAUGUCGAUUCUAACUCCAAAAUGAACAAGGUGUACUCCAUCAACAACAUAGUAAUGAAACUCUUCAAGGAUAAUAAAGCCAAAUUCAAAUGUUACUAAUCUUCGCCCUAAUCAAGUGCAGGUUUGUCUUCUGGCGAUGCAUUAUUGUAUAUGAGCUCUAGCAAUAGGUAGAAACGGUUAUAUAUUCAAACCAUAAUAAAUGUGAUGAAAUUCAAAUGUGUAACCCCUAAUGCCUGAAAAUUAAAUGUUACGCCAAUGCAAAUGUUCGGUUUAACGAACUACCUGUGUUCGUUUGUUCUAUGCUACAUUUUUUACCGGGGAUCUUCUAAAAAAAAUUGGCGAUUUUUUUCUUAAUUAUCAUUUAUCAAUUAUAAUCUAGUUAACUCAUAAGCUGUAUUGUAUGUAAGUAAAUGAUAUAUCCUAAAGAAUUAUCAGAUUCUUCUGAGCUUAUUACGAUUUUUCAUACAUGAUAAUGAUUCGGAGCCAGAAAUGAAUUACUAAAUAAAUUAUACGGUGAUUAUUGCAGAGGGUUUGUGGUAACCAGUUUACUUUCUGAUCUUACCCAUUAUGAUGUCACUAUUAUCAUGACUAAUUAUUACACAAAACGCUCUUUAGUAAGAGGCAUGGUAUAUCUGACAUCGUUUACUUAGUAUUCACCAGUCUUUAACAUGUUCACUGAAUAGAAUACACAACUAAUAUUAUGAUAAGUGAUUAUUAGUGCAAAUAAUUAGUUUCCUAACUACUAUGAUAAAUAUUUUGGUGGUAUUCGUCAAGGAUUAAGCAUCGAUACUUACUUACUUACUCCUGUUACUCCUCGUGGAGGAGCAUAGGCCGACCACGAGCACUCUCUAUCCAACACUGUCCUGGGUGAUCCUUUCCAGUUCUUAUUCAUCCUUUUCAUAUUUGCUUCUAUUUCCCAAUGUAAUUUGUUCUUUGACCUGUUUUCCGCUUCACUUCAGGAUUCCAAGUCUAGGCUUGACUCAUGGUGCAGUUUGGUGAUUUCCGUGAUAUACUUCCUAUCCAUGUCAAACGUCUUUUCCUAAUUUUCUCUUCAGCCGGUUUGUUCUCUCCCAUAAUAGACUGUUGCUGAUAAUAUCCGGCCAAUGGCUGUUGAGUAUCUUGUUAAGCAUCAAUAGAAACUAGAAAACACUGAAUAAUUGUUUCAUCUUGGUUUGUGACUCCUCACCAGUGCUCACUCACAAUUCUAACCAAGAAAAAACAAAAAAGCUUCAGAUCUCAUCGCUUAUAUAGUUUUUUACAUCCAGCAAGACAUUCUAUUGUAGCGUAUCAAGUGAACUCUGGGACGACUGUUAUUAUUUGGUGUUGUUGAUACAAGUAAAAAAACACCAAGUGAAUAACUUAAAGCCCUAGUUAUUCCUAUACACAAAUACAUCACAAUAGCCGGGCAGUUUAAUGUAUUCUUCAUGAGAAUGUAGAUUUGACGAGGACAGUUGUUACAUAAGAGCCACCAUUUGUAUUUCGAGAAUGAUAAAAUCUCUAAUCUUACACAACAUUUGGAUUGCAGUUCAUUAACGGAAACGAUUUCAUUCUUAAGUGUACUUUUAAUAUAAGUUACCAAUAAUGUCGUAUAGUAGUUAAUUCAUAAUUUAACUUUAGUAAAACUUCAUGUUUACAUACAGAAAUAUUCACUAUUUUUGUUAACAUUUGUAUUGAUUACUGAAAAGAGAAGAUCAUUCAUGAGCCGAAAUUAUUGAACCUGGAGAUUUAAAAUUUACUUUGACACCAUUGUAAAUAAAGAGAAAACUUGAAUCUAUUUUUUUUUUACAGUUGAGAGUAUAAAAUUCUCAAAAUUCUUGGUAUAUUGAGUUAAUGAGUGAAGCUGUCGCUGUAAAUCUUAGUUUUAUUCAUGUGAUGAUUUCAUCUUUUACGUAUAUAGGUCAAAUGCAUAUAUAGACUUUGUAGAGUAAUAACCAUCGGUUCAUAUUAACCCUAGAUUGUUUUCCAACUUCACACUUUCUUAAUCUGUUGUUUUUACAAUAACAAUAAUCCUAAAUUUGAUUUUAACUUUUUUUCUUUAGCUUCUAACUGUUACACCGUCAGAUAAUUCUUUGACUUUAGUCUAUGCUGGUCCUGGUACUGCUAGUUUCUUGAAAUAUAUUAACCAUACAACUGACCACUUUCCUCCGGAUAAGAAUCAGAUUAUCAGACAAGAUGAUUGUAAUCCUUUGAUAACUGCUGAUAAGAUUGAUCAUAUGAACAAAGAUCCUAUUCAACUGUUUGAUUUAUCAAUUAAAUACUUUGAAUCAAAAUCAGAUCCUGAGGAUGUCAAUAGUUUUCAAAGUGAUAAUAAAGAUGAGGUCAGUAGCAUCAGUAGUUUGAGUGAAGAAGAAUCAGUUACGUCAUCUCCUCAAGAUGGUGACAGUGAUUUACAUAACGACGAGGAUGAGGAAGUGAAAGUGAUAAAAUAAACAAUUGGUGCUUAUGCAUGUGUAACAUAUAUUUUUCUGAAUAACCGAAUUUUUUUGUAUUUAUAAUGCUGUUCUAUAUCGAUUCUUUUUUAUAUUUAACUAUCAUUAACUAAACAUCGUUGAGAUACUUUCUUCAGUCAUAGCGAUUACAUAAUAUAACGAAAGGGAAUUACUUUCUCUGGAUAAUGAUCAAUAUCAAUCAUUUCUAAUCUAACUUCAACUGACUAUCAACC